AUGUCUUGCAACUAUGCUGAUGGUUUAUCUCCGUAUGAAUAUAAAGGGGAAGUUGGUAUGAAUGAAGUUUUUGAUACUCCUGAAGUUUUGAAACAAAAGAUUUUGCUUCUUGCCGAGUGGAUCAAAAAUUCAAAAUAUACAGUUUUUCAUACAGGUGCUGGUAUAAGUACAUCAGCGGGAAUACCAGAUUUUCGAGGACCAAAAGGAGUAUGGACUUUAGAAAAAGAAGGAAAGAAACCAGAAGUUAAUUUAGAUUUCAAUGAUGCUAAACCAACAGUUACACAUAUGGCAAUCAAAAGCUUGGUUAAAAAAGAUUAUGCAAAAUAUGUUGUCAGUCAGAAUAUAGAUGGUUUGCAUUUGAAGUCAGGAUUACUUCGUCAACAUGUUUCUGAAGUUCAUGGAAAUAUGUUUAGUAUGAGAUGUAACAAAUGCAGAAGGAGUUAUGUGAGCAAAACGGCUGUAAAAACAGUUGGACAACGAUGCUUGGAUAUAAAAUGUUUUGGGAAAAAUAAGAAUGGUAAUCAAUGCCGAGGUAUAUUUUAUGAUACAAUAUUAGACUGGGAACAUCAAUUACCCACUGAAGAGCUGGAGUUAUCGGAGUUACAUUCUAAAAUGGCUGAUUUAUGCAUUUGUCUUGGAACUUCAUUACAAAUUCAACCAAUCAAUCUGGUCCCAUUUAACGCGAAGAAAAACAAAGGAAAAGUCGUUAUUUGCAAUUUACAAAAAACCAACUGUGAUCGUAAAGCAGAUUUAGUUAUUCAUACAUAUGUGGACAAUUUGAUGAAGUCUCUAAUGGAUAUCCUUGGAGUAGAAAUUGACGAAUACGACGAGAUGAAAGAUCCAACAAACAUAAAUUCUGAAACCACUGAUUGGACAAUUUAUGAAAUAGAUUUAAAAAAAGUACGAGAUAUUAAAAGAAACACUACAAAAUCUAAAAAACGGAAAAAGUCUGAUGCCAAAUUUUCUAAUACGGAGUCAGAAACAGAAUUGCCUUGUAAUAAUCAAAUUCUUAAGCCAUCAAAAAUUUCUAAACUCAAUAAUAUUGACAAUAUUAUAAAAUAA